CCACAGUACAAUUCAUACAGCCAACAAAAACCAGAAAACUAUUUCAUUUCCUCGUCCAAUAUACACAUCUUCUAUCUGUUUAAGGUUUCAAGAGUUUUAAUUUCUUCUUUGAUCAUCAAUGGAGUUCAACUUAGCACCACAAAUGGCUGACCAAACCGUUUAUGAAGGAGAGGGUGGUGGAUACUACACUUGGUCCACUUCCGUCGCCCCUUUUCUCGCCCAGGCAAACCUCGCCGCCGGCAAGUUGGUUCUCCAACCUUUUGGCUUUGCCCUCCCUCACUACGCUGAUUCCAAGAAGAUCGGCUACGUUCUUCAAGGGUGUUGCGUGGUCGGAAUGAUAUCUCCGGACAGCACCGCCGAGAAGGUAGUCAAAGUCACGAAAGGUGAUGCGAUUCCGGUGGAAUUAGGAGCCGUGUCGUGGUGGUACAACGACGGAGACUCCGACGUGGUCAUAGUAUUCUUGGGAGAAACCUCCGAUUCCAACACUGCCGGCCCAUUCAACUACUACUUCCUGGCCGGAGCUCUGGGCAUGCUCGGCGGUUUCUCCGCCGAUUUUCUCGCCGGAGGUUUCGGCAUAUCCGUUAGUGAAUCCAAAACCCUAUUCAAAAGCCAAAACGCUACCGUCAUUACCAAACUCAAAGAAAAACCGAACAUCACAAACCCCGCAAACAAUAACCGGAAAGAUUUGGUGUUCAAUCUCGAGAAUGCGUUGCCACCUGUCACCAGCAAGAACGGGGGGGCUCUUGUUUCCGCCACGGCUGAGAAUUUCCCUUUGCUCAGCCGCGUUAACCUAAGCGGGAACCUCGUAAAACUCGAACCUGGCUCCAUGUUAACUCCGGGAUACACGGCGGAUUCCUCGUACGAAAUAGGUUAUGUCGUUAGUGGCAGCGCUAGGAUUCAGAUUGUCGGCCUUAACGGUCAACUGGCUUUGGAUGACAAACUUGAGGCCGGCCACGUAUUUGUCUUGCCCAAAUUCUUUGUCGGUUCACUCAUAGCCGAUACCGAAGGAAUGGAGUUUGUGUCCACAGUGACAUCUUCAGAGCCAAAAUUACUGCGUUUAGCUGGGGUUGAAUCAGUUUGGAAAGCUUUAUCUCCUUCAGUCCUACAAGCAUCCCUAAAUCUCAGUUCUGAGGACACAGACAUUUUCAAGGACAAGAUAGUGGAAACCGCAGCAAUUAUCCUUUCCAAGAAGCAUUAGAAUUUUGGGUUUAUUUGCAUACGUAUUUAAUAUAAUUAAGUUGGUUGAUAAUUAAGUACGGUCUAAGUUAAUUAAGAUAAAUGGUGAAAUUUGUUAUGUAAUUUUACAGUAUAUGAUGUCUCUUUCUGUGUAGAGAUUUGGAUGUGAAUCUCAUUACCCAUCUUUAUCAAUGUACUCAAAUUAUUUGCUUUUAUUUUGGUCAUCA